AUGAACACCAAAAUCUCAAGUUCAGACGGGAUUUGCGGGAUCGUGAAGGAUAGAGUACAGUACCGAAAAGAAUCGUUUGAGGUUCACGAACGUGCAACUGGCCUAUACAAUGACUUGCGGGGUCUGGCCGAUGUGUCAAGGCGGAUUGGAAGCUCCGAUCGUGCAAACACACCCGAACCUUUUACCGACUGUGCUACACUCGCCCCAAGCCGGCAUGUACUGUUCAAAAGAUAUUCGCGUGUUCACAUUUUUGAAAACCUCAGAUCGUAA